CUUUUCAAUUUCACUAACUUCUUCAAUUUUCUUUCUCUCCUCACUUGAGUAGUACUUGGUCUUAAAUAACUUAAUGAACGCACUUAUUUGAACAGUAACUUUAAAGUCUUUGAUUUGAGUGAAAUCGCUUUAAUUCGGAGUGAUGGAUGAAGAAGAGAAGGUAGAAGUGAAGAUAUACCCUCUCAAUUGUUACUAUUUUGGAUUUAAAGAUUCUAUUCCCUCCAAAGAUCACUCUCUCCAUGAUCGUCUUCAGAGAAUUCAAUCCAACUAUGCUGCCCGUGGAAUGCGAACUUGUGUUGAAGCUGUUAUAAUGGUUGAGUUGUUCAAACAUCCGCAUUUGUUGCUCUUUCAAAUAAAAAAUUUGAUCUUUAAACUUCCUGGUGGCCGUUUAAGGCCAGGUGAAUCAGAUAUCGAUGGAUUGAAGCGGAAGCUGGGAAGGAAGCUUUCUGUAGAUGAAGAUGGCGACGGGGCAGAAUGGGAGGUCGGAGAGUGUCUUGGAAUGUGGUGGAGACCUGAUUUUGAAACAUUAAUGUAUCCUUUCUUACCACCUAAUGUCAAACAUCCAAAGGAAUGUACAAAACUCUUCCUUGUUAAGCUUCCGGAAAGUCGAAGGUUCACUGUGCCAAGGAACAUGAAGUUGCUUUCAGUUCCAUUGUGCCAAAUUCAUGAAAAUCACAAGACAUACGGGCCAAUUAUAUCCCGGAUCCCGCAGCUGCUCUCAAAAUUCUCUUUCAAUAUGAUUGAAAUUUAAUACUUUGACGCAGCCCGUUUGGAUCUUCAUUAGGAUUCCAGAAAAGGACUUUGUAAAUAUCAUAAGCUUUUUAUAUGACAAUGAACAAUGAUACUGUAAUGUUGAAAACAGAAAUAUAUACUAGUAUCUUCCAUGGUUACUGUGAAAUCUAUAUCAGUAGGGUAAAGGAGUUGCUAUCACCUUUCUUUUUCGAUUUUUCGCUUAAUAUGAUGACACAUAUUAAGAGGAUAAAAGUUGAUUGUAGUUUUGAAGUUAGUUUGUUACAAGUUAGAUAGGUGGUUAGAUUGUUGUUCAUUGUAGUAGCAUAUAUAUUGUUGAAGAAUCUAGGGAAAUCUUAUUUGAUUCUCUUUUAUUUUAUAUUAUUCCGUUUAUUUA